AUGUCGUUCGGCGGCUCUUUCGCGACGCAGAUCGCCGCCAUCAUGGACGCGUUGGCGAAGGCUGCGGUGGCCGAAAUAACGCAGCUGGUGGAGGACGGCGGCGUGGUCCUGCGGCUGGAGAUGUGCCGGAAGGACGGCGAGAUCCAGGAGCUCCGGCGGAGCCUGACGCGGAUGGAGGUGCAGCUCUGCAACGCCCGAGAAGAAGCCGCCGCGAGCCGAGCCGCGGAGGAGGAGGAGGAGGAGGAGGAGGAGAACCGGGGGCGCGCGGCAGCCGGGCGUCGGGUCCUCCGAGAGGAUGAAAUGGAAGAUCCUAAAUCGUGUACAGGGCAGCUGGUGAAACACGAGCCCGCCGACGAACUCGCCGCCCAGGAAACUGCAGACGACGCCGUCACAGCGGACAUUUGCUUCCAGGCGGCCGAGCGGGGCGACCUGAGCUGGCCGCCGCCGGCCUGCUGCAUGUUUGAGAAAAGCUCCGUCGCAAUGCAGCCGCACAUACAGAUGUUCCCCGCUCAGGCCGAGCGAUACGCCGCUCACGGAGACCGGGAGAGUUCCGGUGACUCUUUGUCAACUGCGGCGAAGGACAUCGAUCCCUUGAGGGUGCCGAUAAAGGUCGAGGUCGAUGUUCGACCGAUGUGCAUGCGAAGCGCCCCUUCGGAGCCCGUUCACAACCAACGGGUCGGGCAUGCUUCGCACGCUGCCGCCAGUCAGGACCGGUGCUCGCAGCCGGCCGGGCCGUCGUUGGCCCCGCCUCCCGCACAGAGGUCAACCGUGACCGCGUUCGGCCUAAACGCAGAAGAUCCCGUCCCCAACAGAAGCAGCAACCCCAGGGCGAAAAAGGUGCCGAACGCGUGGAAAGCCAAUCAGAAGCUGUUCGUCUGCUCGGUUUGCAAUCGGGGGUUCCCUCGCCUGCAUCAGCUGGAGGAGCACAGGGCCUCCCACCGGCUCUUCAAGCCUUUCCGGUGCCUCGAAUGCGGGAAGUCCUUCACCCAGAAGACCCGGCUGAAGACGCACCAGAGCGUGCACACGGGCGAGAGGCCUUUCAGCUGCAAGAUCUGCGGCAAGAUGUUUUCGCGGCAGGACAACUGCCUGAGGCACGAGCGGUUCCACGACGGGCUGAAGCCCUACGUCUGCGGGCAGUGCGGGAAAAGCUUCACGGUGCUGGGUAACCUCAAAAUACACCAAGAGAUUCACCUGCAAGGAAGAUAGCCGUAAUCCACCGAGAGGAUACGCUCCACGGGCUUCGACGGGUUUUUACAUGCAUCCAACGCAACCCAUCUGCCGUGCAUUUCAGGGUGGCAGCGACGGUUUUAUUUAGGAAUUUCUCCAACCAGCCUUGGACGUCGGCUACCUGCCACCAGCGAUCCACAUUUAAUACACUUCAUGUAUCGUCGAGGUCCUGAACUUCAGUGACUCCGCUGCCAGUUGAAUCCAUUCAGUUUUAUUCCCAUGGCUCGAGCUGCGUUACGUAACAAUGAAACGGUUCCAUCGGGUUUGUUCUCAGAGGCGUUUCAGUGCCUUUUUGGAAGUGUAAUUAUAAUUAUUUCCCUUUUUUUUUUAUUGGUACUUUUGUGACGUUCCUUUGCGAUCCAUUCAGAUACACACUGUGUAUUUAAUCUAAAGUUACUUAUCUCACAGGUGAUGUUUAUUCAACGCAUCAUGUGGCCCAUGACAUCAUUUGGGUGCUCCAGUGAUUUAUUUAUGCGUGUCAUGGUAAAGGGAGGUGGGGGGUGUAUGCCUAUGCAACAAUUUAUUGUUUUAAUAUUUUA